AUGAUAUGGAUGACGAGAACUUGUUUAUCCGUUGUCUUGUACGCCAGCGUAUUAGGCGUAAAAGUGAUUUUCGAAAGAGCUCGAGUUAUUUAUUUUAAUCCAAAAUAUGUUGAAAAUGCGUGGGGAAAUGUAACUCGCUAUGAGAGACACGGCGAUUAUUACGUAAAUGCUGAAUUUAUUACAAAAUGUGCUUUUGGAAAUAAUGCUACGCUCACUAUCAAGUUCUAUGAAUUUCGAUGGAACGCAUACAAACUAUCUCUUGUCCAUUUCCACUACAAGGUCUGUGAUUUUCUCGAAAGGGAUCCGUAUAUAGGAGCAGUGGUGGCCCCGAUGUUUGGGAGUGAAUGUCCCCUGCCACCAGGAAAAUAUACACUGAUGAAUGUGACCACACAUAUGGAUAAUUUUCCAAAUGUAUUCCCAUUUGAAAAGGGUCGCGCAAAUUUACUUUUCACUGUGACAUCUACAGGAGAGUUACUUGCUGAUGCGGAACUUUAUCUGUCAUUCAAGAAUAACAUAAAAAGCAAGACACAACGCGGCUGAAGUAGCAAAGUACCAUAGUCUUUUCACC